GCUCGGGUCUACGGGAGUGCAAUGUCCACAGUCACUGUAGACAGGUACGCCUACUGAUUCGACAAAUGUCUACAGUCAUUUCCAUCCGAUUGAAAGUCAACGGUCGUACUGUCCAAUGGAGUUUGGAGGCGGGACUCCGACUGUAGACUUUUGGCAAAUCAGAAGGCUUGACUGUCUACAGUCACUGUACUCGCAUGUGAUUGGAAGUCUACAGUCGUACUGUCCAAUGGAGUGUUUGGAGUGGGCGGGCUCUCCGCUAUGCAAAUCUCCAUCGAGAGAAACAGCAGUAGCGAAGACUUGGGUUGACAGGAACAAGCAUCGGACCAAAGACACAGAGUGCUUUCCACUUUGUGACAAGGCACAGACAACGGAGAGGAUCAACCAUCAUAAACAAGAACAUCUAAAGCGACAAUAUACUAUGUGACAUAACCUUCAUGUGUACUGUGAAGGCUCUGAAAGACAAUCAACACAAAACACCCAGGGGACAGAAAUACUGAAGUCCAUCACCUAGGCAACAUAAAUUAGCUUUAAAAAGAUCAAUCCAAGCAGAUUGAAUUGAUAAUGGAUUGGAGUCUUUUAUAAAAUGCCCAAACAGCUUCCACCCCAUUCGUCUGGUCUAGUAAACAAACUCUGUGAAACUGGGAGACUAUUUAUUGAGCAGUAUGAAAGUAAGAAACCCAGAAUGCAAGCCAUUGCCGAUGAACUUGUAGGGAUAUCUAACAAUUCAAAAGGCGUGCAGAACACAACGAACACAUACAGACUAGGGGCAGCAUUAGAAGUACUUGGAGUUGUAACCGUGGGUUUAGCUGCAGCUUUUUUACCAGCUCCUGUAAAACUGGCAUUAUGCCUCGCAGGAGGCAUGGUAGCAGUCUGUUGGGCGGGGACUGUUGUUGCAGCAAAUGCUACCAAGGCAGCGACAGAGAUCCUCAGUAGGGAUAGGGUUAAAGAUUUGGGGAAAGAAUUCAUGGAAAUCAUUGAGCUGCUAAAGGGUCUCCUGGUGGACAUUAAGACGGUGUCUGAGGAGUUGGAGGAAAAGUCCUCCUCCUUAAUUACACCAACGAGGAACCAGGCAAAGAUAGGACUGAUGAAAACGGAAGAACUUCAGCAGCUUCUGAAGCAAACGGCUACACUGUCAGAGAAAAGCAGGAAAGUCGUGGACUGGACUCUCAACACACUGAGGCAAGUGAAGAAACUGUUAGACUUCAUUAUCACUCUCACCAGAAUCACUCCAACGGCUGAUGAUGACGAGAAGCUCAGAGACUUCAUCACGCAUUCAGCUCUGCGGUGCGAGAAAACCGUGCUGGAGUUUGCAAGGAUGAGGAACACGCUCAGGGACUACCUGGAGAAGCAGGCAUAAUAGGGACGUGCAACGCCAUCGUUGAAGUUAAGCACAGUGUUGCAUCACAGCUGCAAGCAAAAGUCCUUCGAUAAAAAUGCAAUUAAUCUCUACUUGCAGUCAAAUAUAAUAUUCACAUGAUCAUAAAUGGUGAUGGCAUGUGGCGUAGUGGGUUGUCCGUAGGUGUUGGGAUCAGGGGGUCACAGGUUCAAACCCCACUGCAGUCAGCAUGUCGUUGUGUCCCUGAGACACUUCACCCCAAAG